AUGGCUUCUGCUAGUGCUAAUAAAAGACGUAGAGCUGAAACUGAAAGUGGAAGAGGAGGUCGUAUAUUUAACCCAUCUUGGACAAAUGAAUAUUUUGUAAUGGAGCAAAAUAAUUCAAUUAUGUGUCUCAUUUGUUUUGAAAAAAUUGCCGUGUGCAAAAUGUAUAAUGUUAAUAGACACUAUACUACAAAACAUGCAGCAACUUAUGAUAAAUUCAAGGGCCAAUUUCGUGUUGAUAAGGUAGAACUGCUAAAAAAAAAUUUUAUCGGGCAACAAUCAAUAAUGAAAAGUAAAGUAAUUAGCUCAUACAGUGCUACCAAAAUAAGUUUUUUAAUUGCAGAAAAUAUUGCAAAAAGUGGUCAACCUUUUUCUACUGGAGAUUUAAUAAAAAACUCUAUAAAACAAUUUUGUAAUGAGGUAUGCCCUGAAAAAAUACAAUUUGCUGAAGAUCUCAGUCUUUCACACCAGACAAUUGCAAGAAGGGUUGAAGAUCUAUCAAAGAAUAUUGAAUUAGCAUUGAAAGAAAAACUAUGUAAGUGUGAAGCAUAUAGUCUGGCACUUGAUGAAUCAACAGAUAGAAAACUGUUGGAUUUCAGGCACAUGAAAGGCACUACUAAAGGGGAAGAUAUUCUUUCUGUAGUCAAAAAAACAAUGAUAAAGUUUGAUUUGCCAGAAACAAAACUCUCUGGUGUCACUACAGAUGGAGCAAGUUCAAUGAAAGGAAAAAAUAUUGGAUUUGUGGCAUUAUUUAAGAAAUCCAUUAAUCACAACAUUCUUUCAUAUCACUGUAUUAUACAUCAGGAACAGUUAUGUGCAAAAGUAUUAGAAAUGAAAGAAGUCAUGGAAAUUGUUAUCCAAACUGUUAAUUUUAUAAGAAGUCGUGGCCUUAAUCACAGACAGUUCAAACAAUUGCUUGAGGAUUGUGGGAGUGAGGCAGAAGAUGUAAUUUAUUUCUGCCAAGUUAGAUGGCUUAGUCGAGCUGCAACUUUGAAAAGAUUUUGGAUAUUAAUACCUGAAAUAAUAAAGUUUCUAAAAAUUAAAGAUAAAGACACAAGCUUUCUUGAAAAUAAUGACUGGCUGAAUGAUUUGGCAUUUUUAGUUGACAUUACACAGAUGUUAAUGGAAUUAAAUAUCAAGUUGCAGGGUAAAGAUCAACUUAUUAGUAAAUUAUAUGAAAAUGUAGAAACAUUUGUUUUGAAAUUGAAACUUCUCAAACAACAAUUAAGUCAAAAAUCACUUAUCCAUUUUAAAACAUUGUCAGAAAGAAAUACCAACACAGUUGACUAUGAAAAAUAUUGUAAUCUUAUUUUAAAAGUAAUUGAUGAAUUUGACACAAGAUUUUGUGAUUUUAAAGAAGUAAAGAAUGAGUUAGACUUAUUUUCACAUCCAUUUUCCAUUAAAGUUGAGACAGUAAGAGAUGAAUUUCAAAUGGAAUUAAUAGAACUACAAAACAAUAAAGAUUUGAAAGAUGCUUACAAAGAUGUUGAAUUGUUAGAACUUUAUAAAAAAUACAUGAACAUUGAAGUUUAUCCACAAUUGUGCAAACACGCUAUGAAAUACUUUUCCCUUUUUGGAAGCACAUACAUCUGUGAACAAUUUUUUUCAAGAAUGAAACAUGUUAAAUCAGAGCAGAGACAUAGGUUGAAAGAUGAACACCUCACUGAUACACUUCGGAUUUCAUCGUCCACUAUAAAAGCUGACAUUGAUCAAUUGUGUAAAAAUAAACAAUGCCAAGUUUCCCAUUAA